AUGCACAAAUUCAGCCUAGCAGAUAGCCCGCUGCUAAAGGUUUCCCGGCCAGUGUCUGCGUGUUCAAGAUGUCGUUCGGCGAAAGUGAAGUGUGAUAACAAACUACCGGCCUGCACUGCUUGCGAGAGGGCCGGUCGCGAGAAGGAGUGUACCGCAGCCAAUGACCAGUUCGCCCGCGGAAAGGAGAGAAGCUAUGUGGCGGCGUUGGAGCUGAGGAUAGAGAAGUUGGAAAGGCGGCUCACCUAUGCUCGUUCAACAAAGGCAUCGGUGACUCUGCAUGGUCCGGAUGAGCCUCCAGCUGCUGACCAGAAUCGCAAAGACUCUCUGGCGUACAUACGGGCCGCCAUCCAUCGGAAAGCGGUGCUAACCCAAGAGAAUGCAGACAUCAACACCCUCGUCUCGGACUUCGGGUACUUAGCUGUCAAUACCACCACGCGCGACUUUGAUCCCUCCGAGUCCAACAUGACCUUUGCACGCUUGGUCCUGGCUGCGUCCACGAACGAGCCGGUUCCGGAGCCCAAAACUACCAGUCUCCCGGCAGAAGCCACUGCCAGAGCGCUCGUUCAGUUCUACGAGAGCAGCAUUCUGCCCCUUUACCCAGCCUUCCCCGGAGCCUCGCUGCAUGCCCUCCUCAGCGACCUCUAUCAAGCACACCCACGGCCAAUUAGGAGCUCGGAGUACUGGCUCUUCUGGAUGGUUCUCGCCAUCAGUUCCGCGGCGCAAAGCCGGAGCUGGCAGGAUGAGCACUACCUGAAUGCCGUUGAGUUCGUAGCUCGCGCGCUGCCGCAUGCGGACAGGGCACUGAAGCCGGGUUACGUGACACAAGUUCAAUCUCUGCUACUCCUCACGCAGUACUCAAUGCUCGAUCCUGCCCACUUCGAUAGCUGGCACCCGAUCGGCUUCACCUGCCGCGCAGUGGUCGACCAGGGCUUACACCAGGAUCCGCCGCACACGCAGCAGAUGGAUCAGGGCGCGCUGAGUGCGCGCCGCAGGACUUUCUACUGCGUAUACUCUCUUGACAGGGCGAUAAGCAUGGUCCACGCCCGUGCUUUCUCCUUCUACGAUGAUGCCGUGUCCGUCGCUCUUCCGCCAUCCGGGCAGCUAGGCAGUCCGCUUCCCAAGGGCCCCAUAGCAAAGCCGCCCCCGGACGCCUCAGUGCCGCUUUUCAGGUUGCGCCGGUUGCAGUCCGAGUGGUAUCAGACCCUUUACCAGGGCGACCCGACCCAGGCCAUGCCAGAUUCCACAUCCUUCAUCUGGGCAAAGUGCUAUGAGAUGUGGGAGUGGUGUGAGAAGCUGCCCGCGGAUAUGCCGCCUGCCAUCCGCGAGAUGCUUGACUUGGAGCUGCGAUACAGUUACGUGUACUGCAUCGCCUCCAGCGCCAGGGGUGCUCAAGUGUCGUCAUACGGGCGGCUGUUGAUCUUUGAGCACACCAUCUCAUACAUCGACCGGGUACACGAUAUUUCGAAGCGAUCAGAGAACGUUGCCAUCUACACCUAUCACGACGCCCUAAGGGUCUUCUUCAUGGGAUCACAGUUUGUCGCCGUCCUGCGUGAUGCCGGCGACGUGCUACUUUCGGGAUCGCCGAUCCCUAUGCCUCCAUCAAUUCCAGGAAAGCCUUUACCCCCUCCGGCACCAAUAAGGCUCGACAGAGGCACUGGCGAUAAUCUGGACCGUAGCCUGCGAUGUGUGGAAAGGGUGAAGAAUACACUGAGGUUGUUCGGCGAUAGGUGGGAGGAUGCUUUCUCCCUCUUGAAGGGAUUUGAAAAUUUAUCUGCCGAUAUGUGGAAAAGCCUCACGAUGAAGCGAGAAAUGAGGAACGUUGCCGCAACCGGCCAGUGGCAGCAGCAGGUGCCGACUGCAUAG